AUGGCAAGCACCGCGCCGCUGAUGCUCCUCUUCCGCGUGCUCCUCGCGGGGCUGGCGCCGACCACCGCGGGCGCCGUAGACGAGGGGACGCUCGGCGGAGAGGGACCCGCCGCUGGGACUCCGUGCGAGCUCAAGAGCGUUACCGUCUCCACGCUGCCCGUGCUCCGGGAGAACGAGUUCAGCUUCACCGGUGUAAGCGCCUCCGGGAGCUCGGUCGGAGGAGGCGGAGGGGGCGCCUCUGCCGGAGCAGGUGGCACCGCCGGAGGAGGAGGUGGGGAAUCGCGGCUCCUGUUAUUCGUCAGGACGGAUCUACCUGGGCGGAUUUCCGUAAUGGAUGAUCUCGACAACACGGCUCUGCCUUACUUCGCACUCGAGAUGUCGGGCAGGGGGGAAGACAUUGCCCAGGUGCACUGGAAGCAGCAGUGGCUGGAGAACGGGACACUUUACUUCCACGUCUCCAUGACGGAGUCAGAAACAGCGGACCAGACCACACAGGCCUCUGCACGGGAGCCAGUAUACGUCACACAUGAACACAUGCAUCUGUUGCACAUCUCGGUAAUGGGUGGCCUCAUUGCCCUGCUACUGCUUAUACUCCUCUUCACCCUGGUGCUGUACACCCGUCACCGAUGGUGCAAGCGCCGCAGGAUCCCACAAAAGAGCGCCAGCACCGAGGCCACCCAUGAGAUCCACUACAUCCCCUCAGUACUGCUUGGACCCCAGGGCCGGGACAGCUACCGGGGCUCACGGAGCACCCACCAGCACGGCAGCUCCGUCAUCGGCGUGCCUAUCCGAGAGACGCCAAUCCUCGACGAUUACGACUGUGACGACGAGGACCCGGUGGGACGCUCGUUGAACUCCACUCCCAACCAGCUGCACAACAAAGUGAACGACGGGACGAUCCAGAAGGACUAUGGAAUCGGCAUCAACUAUGGCGAACCCACUGAUAUUAAGGAGGAUGAUCUCACGCAUUCUUUUCACAAACGAAACACUGACCCAAGCAGAGAGGCAGUGGAAGAUUUGAUGCAGCGGUUCCAGGAGAGCUUCCGUGUUCCCAAAACACCACCAGACAUUUCUCGCUACCAGCACGUCACCCACAGUUCAUCUACUGGCCGCAGGAGGGUCCCCAGCCACACAAGAGUGCCACCGCGUGGUGGAUACCUGUUUGGUCCUCAAGGAGAAUCGGGGUCAGAGCCCGAGGAUGACAACCAGAUAAAGUUUUACACCGAGCAGAACAGAGGACGACGGCGCAGCAAAGGCCAACCACACAGCCCUCUAAACAAGGUCACCCUGACGCUGAUUACCAUCAGCACCUGUGUCGUUGCCAUUGUCUACGCCACGCAGGAUUCCUGCCCACUCACGGUCAAGGUCACGCUCCAUGUACCUGAACACUUUGUCGCAGAUGGAAGUAGCUUCGUCAUUGGUACGGGCAGCUCCUUGGAUGUUUCCAACUGGCUCAACCCAGCCAAGCUCAUCCUAUACUAUCAGACCAAUUCAUCGACACAGUGGGUCCGAGACUACUGUGGCCAGAGGACCACAGACCCAUGUGAGCAGAUUUGCGACCAGGAUACAGGAGAAUGCAGCUGUCACGAUGGCUAUUCCCCAGAUCUAGUCCAUACACAUCUCUGUAUUCGAAGUGACUGGGGUCAGAAUGAAGGACCUUGGCCAUACGCUAACUUGGAGAAAGGUUAUGACCUGGUUACAGGCGAACAAUCCCCAGAGAGGAUCUUCAGAUCACUCUACAGUCUGGGCCAAGGCGUGUGGCUGCCGGUCAGCAAGAGCUUUGUGAUGCCGCCGGUGGAGCUGUCCAUUAAUCCCAUUGCCAGCUGUAAAACAGACGUGCUGGUGACCGAAGACCCGGGAGAAGUCAGGGACGAAGCCAUGAUGUCUACAUAUUUUGAGACAGUUGAGGACUUGCUAGCGUCUUUUGGCCCUGUCCGUGACUGCUCUACAGACAACGGAGGCUGUAAGAAGAAUUUCAAGUGCGUUUCGGACCGACAGUUGGACUCAUCUGGCUGCAUGUGUCCUAAUGGGCUGAGGCCGAUGAAGGAUGGCGCCGGUUGCUAUGACUACUCCAGGGGCAUCGACUGCACGGACGGCUUUAACGGAGGAUGUGAACAGCUAUGUCACCAGCAGAUUGUGCCCCUCGAAGAUGAGCCCGGGUCCAGCAACGUGCUCAUGUACUGCGGUUGUGUGCAGGAGUACAAACUGGCGGCAGAUGGUCGUUCGUGUCUGUUGCAGUCCGACAACUGCGAGGGUCCAAAGUGUCCACGGCAGGCAGUCCACUUCAAUGCCACCUUGUUUGGAGAGAUGCUGCGAGGAUACAACAACAAAAGCCAACAAGUCAACCUGGGGCAGAUCUUCCAGAUGACUUUCCGAGAUAACAACUUCGUUAAGGACUUCCCCCAGUUAGCCGACGGCCUCAUGGUUCUCCCGCUGCCAGUGGAGGAGCAGUGCAGAGGCGUGUUGUCUGAACCGCUGCCAAACUUGGACCUCCUCACAGGUGAUGCCAAGUUUAAUGAGGCUUCAGGCUAUCCCAUGGUACAACAGUGGCGAGUGCGGAGCAAUCUAUACAAAGUCAAGCUCAGUUCCAUCACCCUGGCUUCAGGUUUCGCAAAGGUUCUCAAGACGUUGUCGGGUGACAGUACACGUGAGGAGCUGCUGGCGUUCUUGCAGCAAUAUGGCAGUCACUACGUUUCAGAGGCACUGUACGGCUCAGAGCUCAGCUGCACUAUCUACUUCCCCAACAAGAAGGCCCAGCAACAGCUGUGGCUCCAGUACCAGAAAGAGGCAACAGAGCAAGGGGUUGGUGGUGGCGGCGGGCGUCAUGAGCUCAAGUCUAUGCCCUUCAUUAGCUACCUGACAGCCUUGCAGAAGACACAAUUGUUGUCUGAUGAUGCAGUCAAUGGCGUGGAGAUCCGCUGCGAGGAGAAGGGCAGCUGCCCGCUCAGCUGCCACCUGUGUCACCAUCAGGCUGGGGUGCCAGGAGGAGUUGCCGCGAGGGGCCGCAGCAGGGGCGGUGAGCAGCCUUCGCCUGUCCCCGUCCUGUUGGAAGUCAGCCGCGUGGUGCCCCUCUACAGUCUGGUCCAGGACAAUGUCACCAAAGAGGCCUUCAAGAGCGCCACAAUGAGUUCAUACUGGUGUGCCGGAAAGGGCGACGUCAUUGAUAACUGGUGUCGCUGUGACCUGAGUGCCUUCAGCAAAGAUGGCCUGCCUAACUGCAGUCCCCUCAGACAGCCCGUCUUGCGACUAGCCCCUUAUCUGGAGCCCUCAAGCACAAUGGUUGCCUUAGAGUGGCUAGAUGUGGAGCCCCUGAUUGGCUGCAAGGUUUCGGACUACAUUAUUCAACAUAAACGUGUAGAAGACCCCUCUGAGGCAGAGGUCUAUACAGGUGAAGUGUUGAGCCUGUUGGACGAUCUCUUUUCGGGUUUGGGAUCAUCCUGUGUCGUGCCCGGGAAAAGGAGCGGCGAACAUCCACACACACUUCUUUAUUCCAUCGUCUUCAAGUGCCUGGAGCCUGACAGUCUCUACAAGUUCACUCUCUAUGCAGUGGACAGCCGGGGCAGUCACUCUGACUCCAGCUAUGUUUCUGUACGGACGUCCUGCCCAAUGGUUGAUGAUAGCCGAGCAGAAGAGAUCGCAGACAAAGUGUACAACUUGUACAAUGGCUACACAAGUGGCAAGGAACAGCAGCUGGCGUACAACACCUUGAUGGAAAUCCCUCCCCCAUUGCUCUACCGAGUUCAGCACCACUACAAUUCCCUGUAUGAGAAAUUUGGCGACUUUGUGUGGCGCAGCGAGGACGAGCUAGGCCCCAGAAAAGCCAACCUGAUCCUCCGAAGGGUGGAGAAAAUCAGCCGCUAUUGCCGCUCCCUCCUGCGCAGCACUCACAUCCAAAGCCGCACUGAUACCAUGGCCUACGUUUACUGCCGUAGCGACAACGGCCGAACACCUGACGGCAGCACCGUGUGGAGCAGCUCUUUACACGAAGGCCGCACCGCCUGCACAGAGAAGCUGAUUUCUGUCCAGCGCAAUACGUACAGCAACACCAAACUCCGGUGA